AUGAUCAAUUCUCUCUGUGGAAGCAUUGGAUCCAGGAAGAGUACUAAUACUACUACUGAUCAACCCUCCUCAACUUGCACCACCAAGCAACAACACCAUCUUCCUCACCCUACUUCCCCUACGGAUUCCGUUUCCGCCAAAACCGCACCAGUAUCCUCUUCCGAUCACUUGGAGCAAACCGCCCUCACCCCGCCUAGCCUCGACUUCCCUGCUCCAAAAUUCGACAUCGAUGGCGAUAUCGAUAUCCAAUCACCCGACAACUCGGUAUGGGAUUCCUUGUUCGCUGACCAACUCGAUUGCGAUUUCAUGAUCUCGUCCCCCGCGCGGAGCUUAUCGUCGCCUCAAAACUUGAGUUUCAACUAUUAUAACUACAAUUAUGGGCAAGCAAUGAUGCAGUGUUCUCCUCCAAGGAGUUGCUCUCAAGUUGGAGCUUCAAGUAGUGUUCAAAAAGGGAAAGGACUUAGUCCACUUCAUAAAGUCUUUAAUUCACCAAGCAAUCAAUAUAUGCAAGCAAUUGAGGGAAAUAAUAAUUCUUCUAAUUCAAUUCAAACUAUUGGAGAAUUAUUGGAAGAUUAUCAGGAAGAAGGAUUUGAAACAUAUCAUCAAAACAUGAGCAAGAUUUCAGGUAUUGGAGAAUCAUUGCAAUAUUAUGAUAUAUCAACUUCUUCUCUUCCACCUAUUAUUUUUGAGGAUUUGGCUCUUCCAAAUUCUUCAAAUAUUAUUUGUGGAUCAAAUCAAGAAUCAUCAACUGUGGAGAGGGAAUUCUAUAAUCAAAUUGGAAGUUCUAAUAUUACAACUGCCUCAUUGCCACAACAAGGAGAUCAAGGACAAGAGAAUCCGCCGCAGCUGCCACCACCGUCGUUACCGCUGCUGCCACCACCUAAGCAGCCCCAAAAUCAGCUCAACCAUAGCUUGAUGGCUCCUGUUCCUGUUGGAUCUGAGCAGGAACAAGAUAGUGGACUUCAACUGGUGCACCUCCUUCUUGCAUGUGCAGAAGCAGUAGCAAAAGAAGAUUACAUGUUAGCUAGAAGAUAUCUUCAUCAUCUCAAUAGAGUUGUAACUCCCAUUGGUGAUUCCAUGCAAAGAGUUGCUUCUUGUUUCACUGAAGCUUUAACUGCUCGUCUUGCUGCCACUCUCACAACCUCGAAACCCUCUUCUUCAAUCCCUCCAUUCCCUCAAAACUCCCUUGAAAUUCUCAAGAUUUAUCAAAUUGUUUAUCAAGCUUGUCCUUAUGUCAAAUUUGCUCAUUUCACUGCUAAUCAAGCCAUCUUUGAAGCCUUUGAAGCUGAAGAACGUGUACAUGUCAUUGAUCUUGAUAUUCUCCAAGGCUACCAAUGGCCAGCUUUCAUGCAAGCCCUAGCCGCUCGCCCCGGUGGCUCCCCUUUCCUCCGAAUCACCGGUGUCGGCCCUUCCAUCGACGCCGUUCGAGAGACUGGUCGUUGCUUAACUGAGCUCGCUCAUUCUCUCAACGUCCCUUUCGAAUUCCAUGCAAUCGGCGAACAACUUGAAUCCCUAAAACCAAACAUGUUCAACCGUCGCGUUGGUGAGGCUCUAGCGGUUAAUGCUGUGAACCGUCUCCACCGUGUCCCUGGAAAGAGCCUUGGGAAUUUACUAGGAAUGAUCCGAGAUCAGGCUCCAAAUAUCGUUACCCUAGUUGAACAAGAAGCAAGCCAUAACGGGCCGUACUUCUUGGGGAGGUUUCUUGAAGCUUUACAUUAUUACUCUGCGAUUUUCGACUCACUGGACGCAACAUUUCCGCCGGAUUCAGCGCAACGGGCAAAGGUGGAACAAUAUAUAUUUGCUCCGGAGAUAAGAAACAUCGUGGCAUGUGAAGGACCGGAGCGGAUAGAACGACACGAGAGGCUCGAGAAAUGGAGGAAAUUAAUGGAAGCAAAAGGGUUUAAAGGAGUGGCGUUGAGUAGUAAUGCAGUGACACAAUCAAAAAUAUUGCUUGGUUUGUAUUCAUGUGAUGGAUAUAGAUUGACUGAGGACAAAGGAUGCUUGUUGUUGGGGUGGCAAGAUAGGGCUCUUAUUGCAGCUUCUGCAUGGAGAUGCUGA